AUUAUAUAUUACGAGGCAGGAGGAAAAGCCCAAAAUUGUACGGUUGAACGCAGAAAUGGCCCUGCAGUUCAGGCACUGCAGAACAAAAAGCAGCAAAACAUCAAACCCAAGCCAAACCCAUCAAUCUUCUUCUCUCACUCACCGUUAUGGUGGUUGAGACCUCCGCGCUCCUUCGAUGUUUCCAAGAACUCCCUUCUAAUCAAUACACAAAACCCCCCUUAAAUCCCGCCACCCCCAUCUCCCACUGUUCUCAAGUAUCAAUUAUCAACCCAACUUUCGCUCUCUGUCUCUGCCAUUACCGCUUCCAAAUCCCAAAUGGCUCAACUUCUCAAGACCACCUUCCUUCCCUCUUCUAUUGGCCGGAGCUCCCCCAAACCCAUUUCUACUAACCGUGCCAGGACGACCCAGGUGCAGGCCAAGAUCCGGGAGAUUUUCAUGCCUGCAUUGAGCUCCACCAUGACUGAGGGAAAGAUUGUUUCUUGGGUCAAAUCAGAAGGAGACAAGCUUUCCAAGGGUGAAAGUGUUGUCGUUGUUGAGUCUGAUAAGGCUGACAUGGAUGUUGAGACUUUCUAUGAUGGUUGCUUGGCUGCUAUCAUGGUUGAGGAAGGUGGAGUUGCCUCCGUGGGUUCUGCUAUUGCCUUGUUGGCUGAGACUCAGGAGGAAAUUGCGGAGGCCAGGUCCAAAGCAUCCUCGUCGCCGUCGUCAUCAUCAGCUGUUGAGCCGGCUUCUACCAGUGGCAAUACUCCGGAACCGCCGCAGCCGGACAAGAUUGCGCAGCCUGCUGGACCUGCAAUUCCAAAAGUGGCAGCUGCUGUGGCGUCUGCGGUGCACCCAGCAUCAGAGGGAGGGAAAAGGGUGGUAGCAUCACCGUAUGCGAAGAAGCUAGCGAAGGAGUUGAAGAUGGAGUUGGAGAGAGUCGUAGGGAGUGGACCUAUGGGUAGAAUUGUGGCUAAGGAUGUUGAGGCUGCCGCCGCUGCUAGCUUGGCUCCUGCUACGCCUAAGGUGGGAUCAACUGUAACUCCGCCAACUGGGAUUGUGUUGGGGACGGUGGUGCCAUUUACGACAAUGCAGGGUGCAGUUAGAAGGAAUAUGGUGGAGAGUUUGGCAGUUCCUACUUUUAGAGUUGGCUACACUAUUACUACCAAUGCACUUGAUGCUCUUUACAAGAAGAUCAAGUCUAAGGGAGUGACCAUGACAGCUUUGCUUGCAAAGGCUACAGCCCUUGCUUUGGUUAAGCAUCCCGUUAUAAAUUCCAGUUGUAGAGAUGGUAAUAGCUUUGCAUAUAAUAGUAGCAUCAACAUUGCAGUUGCUGUGGCCAUGGAUGGUGGUUUGAUUACGCCAGUGCGGCAGCUGCAACCUCAUGAAUACAAUAUAGGUACUUUCACACUUUCCAACCUUGGAAUGUUUGGUGUGGAUCGGUUUGAUGCCAUUCUGCCUCCUGGAACUGUGACAAUCAUGGCUGUUGGUGCAUCUCAGCCAUCUGUUGUGGCCACCAAGGAUGGUUGUAUCGGCAUGAAGAACCAGAUGCAGGUAAAUGUUACAGCAGAUCAUCGAGUAAUCUAUGGUGCUGAUCUGGCUUCCUUCUUGCAAACCUUGGCAAAGAUUAUUGAGGAGCCCAAAGAUCUUACUUUCUAGUCCACACCCAUCAGCCGUCACUAAACGAGGCCUUUUCUUUACAUCUGUCACAUUUCCCUGACCUUUUUGUAUGUUCUCAAUUCUCAUUUCCUUCAUCAAUCCUUGAUAUUUACUGAGGAGACUCAUGCUGAAAACUGCAGGAGCUAAAUCACUCUGUUCAAAUUUCUACAUGGAACAGGAGCAGAAUUUUGAAGGGCAAUGUUUAUUUAUGUUUCAAACUUAACAAUUUUUUGUACUUCAAUGAUCCCAUAAAAAUGGCCCUUUCAAUGUCUUCUUGGUGAUCAUUUUUGGUCGUUAA